AAUACCUUUUCACAGCGGUAUGUAGUGAAAAGGCGUCCAACAGAAACUUAAUCGAUGUACUAAACCUUUAACCUGUGCCAGAGGAAUGUAUCCAAGCACCCUCCUUCAGUGAACUUGAUCCGCAGCCAAUGUCAGCUAAACAGAUCCACGUGUCUGCCGCACCCUACCCUCCUGCCUCAAACCUCAAACCUCGCCUGACUGAGUGUCUCAGUGCUCUGCACUGCUUACCUUAUUUUAUACAGUAUCUAGAGUACUGUAAAAGUAUACGGUUACUGCACUUCCUCUUCGCGUGUGAUUCAUUCAGAGAGAUCGCCAACAAAGACAUCCCAAACUCAGGUUUCUCGUUUCCCAACAGCCCUACCCAAACCAUUAAAUCAAGCCUGCAAAACGAUGCGCUUGACAUCUACGUGAAGUUCAUCUCAAUGAACGCGCCGCACCCCAUAGCCCUGCCUGAAAACAUCAGGAUUGGUGUUGAGAACCAGAUAUCUACAGAGGAUGGCAGUAUAGAUUACAGAUGUUUUGACGCUGCAGUAAAUCACGUGAGACACGUUUUAGGAGAAUCUUUCGUACCUAAAUUCCGCAGAUCUUCAUACUGCGCGGCGUACCAGCUGGAGGUGCUGCGCAAGAAUGUGUGUUUAGCAGAUAUACUGCUGUGUGAAGAAAGUAUAACACACUUCAUGGAGUAUCUGGAACAGAAGAGUCAUGAGAACCAUGUGCUGUUUUGGGUUUCUGUAGAGGCAUUCCAGGAGCAUUUGAGGCGGAGUGGGACGGAGGGAGGGUGUAAGAUGGAGGAUGUGGGAGAUGAUGCUAUUGCGCUCUAUGAAACUUACCUCUCUUUACAGGCCAGAAAACCAGUUAACUACGGUCGUAUAAUACGAGGUAUUGUGGAGAGCAGUAUAUCUCCAGACGAUGGUAUUAUUACACCUGACGCGUUCAUGAUAGCACAACAAUACUGUUAUCAUUACAUGGAUAAGUUUUUCUUCGAAGCUUACACCAAAAGUGACCAGCUGAAAAGAUAUAAAAAGGAACUGACCACGGCUCUGGAAACUCGAAGAAAAGAAGAGUUCAAUAUAAAGAGCAAUUCGAACGUGCCCAGAGCAUCCAAUCGAGAAAUUAUUACCAAGAUUGGUGCAAUGUCCGUGGGAAGCCCCACGCCAGCUGCCGCACCAAGAUCUCUGUCAAGUCCCUCGCCUGACUCCGUGACAAAGUCACCUAGACUGGACGUCAAGGCUCGCGAUGUCGGGAGCAGUUUACCAGGAGAACAGACGCCAACCUCCUCGCAUAAGUCUUCUCCUUUCAGUUCUAAAACUUCCAGUCCGCAGAGUUUCAAAAGGAAAAACGAAACGGUGCCAAAAUCUUCAGUUGAAGAUCCGGAUGUUGCUUCCAACGACGGUAACACCGAAGACCUGCUGGACGACUCAAAGUUUUGGACCAUUCCCGACACGGACUACACGAUGAGCGAAGUUGACGAGUGGGGCGUGUACUCGAGCCAGGACAAACAUUUACUCAGUUCCCCGCCUCAAGGAUCCGAGAAAAUUAGGAAAUCCGUUCUGAAACUCUUCGGUAAAGAAGAAAUAAGCGAAGAGGAUGCUGUGGCUCAAGCUAAAAGUAUUGUAGCGGAUGUGAUGAACCUCACCGCUCGACCACUUGAUCUGAACGACUUACUUAGUCAAGAUGAUUAACAGUUUGUCAUACUCAUAAGACACUUAUUCUGACACUUAAAGUAAAAGCACGAUAUAUUCGUCUUAAUCAAACGAAAACUCAGUGUUUGUCUAUCAAGCUUAUCUUAUCUAUCGUCCCUGACUUGGCUGAUUUCGGCCUGAGAUAUCAUUAUGAGGAUCGGCUGAAAUUAUGAUAGUCCGGUCGCAACAUACAAUUGCAACUUUGGCCGGCCAAAUCAGGACCAAUCCAAAUUUGGGCAGUAUUUGUCAAUCAAACUGAGCUGUUCGGAUCAGUUUCAAAACUUUGUCAGACCGGGUUGUCUUACAAACGGGGGAUAGUCGACAGUUUUGGAAUAAGGAAUAAAUGAUACCUGAACAUUUAACGUUAUUCUUGCUGAGCUUGAAAACGUAUAACCUUCUCUUUUGUCACCCUUCUUAUAUAAUAAUAAGACUUCGGUCUUAUAAUUAUAUAAUAAUAAGACUUCGGUAAUUUUCAUGAUUUUCGAAAGUAAUUUUUGGUUAUUCUCCAUCCAAAUUUCAAGUUAUUUGAUUAACAAAUAAAUUACAGUCUCGAAUUUUUAGGAGGAUUGAAAGAUUCAG